GCUGCAGUGCUUAGGUCUGAGGUCUCCCGGGCUCGGCGCGCUGGAGAGCAUGUCGGGGAGCAACGGCUGCAGCCAGACCCCGAGCCGGGCCAUCCCCGCCACCCGCCGGGUGGUCCUCGGCGACGGCGUGCAGCUGCCACCCGGGGACUACAGCACCACCCCCGGCGGCACACUCUUCAGCACCACCCCAGGAGGUACCAGGAUCAUCUAUGACCGGAAAUUCCUGAUGGAGUGUCGGAACUCACCCUUGGCCAAGACGCCUCCCCGGGACCUGCCCACCAUUCCUGGGGUCACCAGCCCUGCCAGUGCUGAACCCCCCACAGAAGCCAGCCAGAGCCACCAGCACAGCAGCCCUGAUGACAAGCCGGCAGGUGGUGAAGAGUCACAGUUUGAAAUGGACAUUUAGAGGACCAACCAUCUGGAUUGAGCAAUGCCACUGGGUCCCUCCGUCCCUUGUCAGGAGAAGGGUGCCCCCAGUCGGGCUUUGUGAAAAUUGCCAUCCUCAGCAGGCAAUGGGGUGGGGCCACCCUGGCUCUCUCCUUCCCCUCUCAGGGCACCUGCUCCCCCUUCCUCUUAGUGAGCACCAGCAGAUACCUCCAUGUGCCUCCGUCGACUCAGGAGCUGCCACCAACGGGUGACUCCCGUGAGCCCACCCCUGCAGCCCGAGGGCAGGAAGCAGACAUGGAAGUGGACACCGAGGAGCCCUUCUGAACUUGUGCUCCCGGCCCCAUCAUCUAGGGGCACAUUCACCCCCAACUGAGUUUGGUGUGCAGUGGGAAAGCUCCCCUACUCCUCCUUCCCCAAGAGUGGAAAUAAAAGCCACCUCUGCCCUAGGGCCAAGA